UCAGGAAAUUCCCUGUUUACUGAUCAGUUCAGACAAACUGUUUCCAGUCGUUGUGCGCACUGCGCAUGCGUAGAUAGAACCCAAAAUUCAUCAGGCAACCAGUUUCUCACCCUCGAUUGCUCGAUUCAGUGCUGCGCUCCUCAGCUCUUCACGUCUUCACAUCGUUUCACUAGCGCAAUUCUACUAAAGUAGUGUGUGAUUUAAUAAACUGACUUGUCCAACUCAAUAAAUGAUUUUCUAGUGAGACUGUAAUGUGUAUUGGACAUUCGAAUUGGAAAUUCACAAGUGGUAUUGUGCCGUGGUAUUUAAUUUAAACAGCUGCUUAGUGCAGUUGUUGCAGUAACUUGCACACAACCCCAACACUGAGACUGAGACUGUUAACUUUGUGAUUGAAAACCAAAAUAAGCCUAACGUGAGCAUGGCUUUCAACACGUUAUUUAAACUGUGUGCUCGAUCCUCUGCAUCGAGUGUGCUGAAAAGUGCAAGUGCAAGAAAUGCUGCUGCAUUAUACCAGCAGAUUCAGGAUUUCUCAAGUGUGAAGGCAGCUCAGGGCUACCCAAGCGCCAGUGCUAGUGCUAGUGCAAGUUCUGCCAACCUACAAAAUAAAUCUCACCGUAAAGAGCUAUCAGACUCUGAUUCAGAUUCAGAUACUGAAUUUGAUACAUACGUGAAGAAGGAUGGAGUUGAAUUCUGGAGAAGGAAAAUGCGAACGUUCCAUGGAAUUCUCGAUAUAAACAAAGACGGUGUUGUAUCUUAUGAUGACUAUCAACUACUUGUCAACAGGUUCAUAAAUCUAGGACAUCUUUCUCCUAAACAUGCUCAAGAGUUCAGGACACUAAUUCAAAAAAUGUGGGAGGAGAGAUGGGGAAGCAUCAGUGAGUACAAUCUCAUAACCACUGAGCAAUACCUUGAAGACAUGCAUCAUGUCAUCGGUGACAAGUCGCUGAGGAAGAAAAUUCAUUACUUUCUUCCAUACCUGUUCAAAGCUGUUGACAAUGACAAAGAUGGAUCGAUAACAAUUGAAGAGUUCAAAUUAUUUUUUCAGUGUUUGGGCUUAUCUUCAGAGGAUGCAGUAGUAUCUUUUCACUUGAUAGACGAAAACUGUGAUGGGAAUUUAAGCUCAGAAGAAUUUGUCAAGCUUGGAAAAGAAUUUUUCCUAAGCAGAGAUCAAAAGAAGCCAAGUAAGAUGUUUUGGGGCCCUCUCAUCUAAUUCCAUGCAUAAUUCAUAAUUUGGUCAAGUGCCUUAGAGAGGGAUUUCACUGAACUGUAAUUGAGAUACUAAUAUUAUUUUAUGUUUACUAGUUUGCCAUAAGUGAUAGACCGGCAUACUAUCGACUAAGAAUUGAAUUUGAUUUUAAUUUCAGCAAAAUUAUAUCGCUGUUCGAGCUGGCUAUUAGCUAUAGGCUCUAGCUAUAGUUCUUGACUAAUUAGAUUUUAUUUCUCAACUUUCUUUGUGAUCAGCAUUCUUGACUUUUCCAACAAGUUGCAUUGAUGUACAUAUUGUUUAUCUAGAUUCUAGUACAUAAAUAAAGUAGAUUUAUAACAUGUA